GUAUUUUCCCAACAAGGGCUCAGCCUACAUAGAUACACUCACAUACACUGCAGCCUAAAUAAUACACCUUUGCCUCUGAAAUUGCCCACCUCAAGGCAAUAAACUCCUCCCACUCACUAUUUAAACCAGCAAUGUCACCAGGAGCUCAGCUUCACACUGAAGAACUUGAUCUUGACCAACACGUCUGGAUUCAUGGGAAAAACCUAUCACUAGACUUAGAUUGUGAACUGGUCCCACAGAAGGGUUCAUCUGAUUUCCACCGCCACGCUUGGAUUCCUGCACCCAACUUUGGAUUUCCCCCCCCCCCCCCCCAGUUUAAAUUACAUCUAUUUAUCUAUUGAUAUUUAUUUAUUCCCACUCUUGGGAUUUCCACUUCGCCCGGUCAGCCCCCUCCUUCCCAGAGAGGGUGUUCUCUUAAAGUUGGCCCGGAGAUGCGGUCUCUUGUCCCGCUUACUGUGUAUUGCAUCAGCCUGGUUUCCCUCCAGCAGCUGCUGGCUCUACCGGCUGCAGAGCGACCCGACACCGACAGGUUGGACCUCAUCAACAAGCUCUUUGACCAGAGUGAAGAAGCCUCAGUGUCUGGACAUCGCACUGACAUUGCUGCCCCCUCGUCAGCCUCCAGUCGAUUCCUUAAAUGGCUCUCCAAUUUCCCCAGAAGCCCACCUGCCACCGGAGUAAGAGCAGCUCCUCCCAGCCUUUCAUGGGCGCGACCCUCUGAACAGAUUGAGCAGAGAGCGCUGAGAACUCGUCGCCAUGCCCAUCCUGGCUCGCGAGGGGGACACCACUACCCUCACCACGCCCAGCUCAUGAGGGUGGGCUGCGUCCUGGGAACCUGUCAAGUGCAGAACCUAAGCCAUCGGCUCUAUCAACUCAUUGGGCAAAGCGGAAGAGAAGACUCAUCCCCCAUUAACCCCAAAAGCCCCCAUAGUUACGGAUGAGUGAUUUCUUAGGUGGCACCUCCAAACACCCACAGCAAGUCUAUCUAUAUCUCCAAUUAUUUAUCCCGUAAUGUGUUACUGAUAGUGUUUGCAUUAGAGUUUGAUGUAGUCCAUGUUUUUUGUUACUUUUUCUGCUGUUAGACAGAUUUUAAAGCAAUCCAAAUUGAAUUCAGGACUGGCUGAAGACUGAAGUACGUCCUCUGAAUCCCCCCAAACUGAGCCCUCCUGCCUUCAGGUCGCCCUCCCUAACAUUUAGAAUAAGCCAAGACGCCACAGUUUGACAUCUUAAUCCUGUUAAUUUAAGAAUGAAGGCUUGUCUUCAACACCCUGUGGCGGCCUGGUCCUGUCUGCCCACUGACCUCCCCAGUGGUGACAACCCCUCGGCUCAUUGAUCAAACACUUCAGUCCCUAAUGUGGAUUUCAGCCUUGUCAAAACCAAUAUAUUCCCAAAGACUCCAAGAAAUGAGCCAGUGAACUCUUUUACCCCUUUUUUUUCAUCACUCAGUGUCUCAACUCUCAGGUCACAAUUUUAAUCAUGAAGACUGAGAUUGAGAUUGAAUGACGCACCAGGACUUUAUGUUUCAGGGCCACAGUUUACAUUUGAACCCAGCCACAGCACUUAGCUUUCACCAGAGCAUUUCUGAGUCAGGACAUAACCACAUAAACUCCACGCUGAAAAAGAAAACAUGAGAGUCAGCAUGCAGCGCUGGUGGAAGGAAUCUACACAGAAACUGAGCUCUACAAGGAUCGGUUUCAGUGUUGCAUUAUAGCAGCCCGUCAGCCCACGCAGUAGGUGGCAAAGUGAACCUUGUAGCCAUGGAUCAGUGCUCCGUUGUACCUCUGUUGGCAUUUUCCCUCCCUGGGGGGGGCCAAGCCUGAAUAUUAGCCUUUUCACGUGAUUCAGAAGUUCCCCCAUGCAAGAGAGGACUUUAGGUUGACGGCUAGUUUAAUAAACCUGAUCUAAUUAUGUGAGGAGAGGGGCCCUCGACCUCCCAUUGUCUGGACACUCAUACCUCUGCUACCUCCACUUGUAGACAAAUGGAGGAAGUAUAAGAGUUGAUGCAGCAAAACUUACAAAAAUGCUCCAGCAUCAUGAUUUGAGUUAAGGCCAUCUACUUUUCCAAUUGGUUACCCAGUGUACGACAAACAAAACUUUGUUGACAGCAAAAUGCACACUUUUAGUUCACAAGUGGUGACUGAAAUUGGUUUGUAAAAGUCAUUGCACCAUGGAUAAAAUGUCUUCUGUUACAUUGUGGUUUCCUAACGAGAGGCCACACCUACCAAAAUUUUAGGUGCCCACUUUCAAAUAUGUCCAUAAAUAGUGCCGCACAGUCAAUAAUAUAUGCCCCAUGUUUCCUUUUUACUAUUUACGUCCAGCUCUGAAAUGGUGGGUGGAUGAUAGACUGGGAAUAACUGAGGUCAAGCUCUCCUCAACAAACAUGCUAAAAUUCGACCAGCUUUAAACCUACAGAAAAUGCAACCGUAUCUUUAAAAAACACAUCUUGGUCAUGAGGCAGCAUCAUAUAAUAUAUUAUUUACAUACUUCAGUGUCUUUAUUAUGUGGCAGUUUGAUCUUAUGUCACAGAGUAGUUACUUGUUGGUGUUUUAAUGUAGGAAUACAGACCAAAUCGUUUUUGUGUUGUUGUUUUUUUUACAUUCUCUCGCUGUGAUUUUAAUAUAAUUUCACAAAUAUAAAACAGAUAUUGCAGAAGAAUUUGCCUCAGCUCACCAAAUACCUGCUUAUACUUGAUGAACUGAAUAAUUUCACACCAUGUGAUUUACAUCAUGUAUAUGUUUUUAUAUCCUCGUGUGUUUUCAUUUCCCUUCUUUGUGUCCUGAUUCUUUCCUUACUCUUACAAGGGUUUCUUUUUUUUUAAUAUAUAUAUAUAUAUUUAAUCUUACCAGCCCCAUCCUGUUGCUCUUUCUCUGCUCUGUCUGUAAUCGUGGGGGCCUGGAGGUCACAGGGUAAUAAUAAUCAGUGGUUCCUUGGUCUUAAGUCUAAUCUGUUCAAAGGCUUGCUGAGGUGAAACAUGCCAUUCUUUUUGCUGUAAUGGAGCUAAUCAAUGUCUCGUGACAGAUCAUUAAAAGGCUUUUCAAUGUUGAAAACCCUGGUGGAUCUCUCUGCUUUUUAAAAUGUGCGACACAUGUUGUAUGUGCCUGUGUAUCUGAGCUGGUUGUAUGUAGCCUAUCAGGACACUUAUCUCCUGUGUUUGAUCUGUUCUCUGGACCAUUGUGCUCUCAGAUUUUUUUUUGUUUUUUUGCGAAGGGUGUUAUUGUGACGUCAGUCGGACGUCAGACGCCGACAUUGCAUCAGUUUGCGUAAGCAAACUGUGCAUGACCGCUAAUACCGCCCAUCUAAUGCUGUCAUUGCCCUCUAUUGCAAAGAGACAGGAAUGCGAGAGUUAGCAUGUACAACUGUUUCUGUUAGUUUGGUCAGUUACAGCAAAUCUUGUUCUAUCUUAGUUGAUUUGUUUUUACUGAUUUGAACGUCACAUGAUCUCCUUUAGGGUUACAGAAAAGCACUUUAAUGCAAACACGUGUGUUGAUAGUUUCUCACAACUUGAAUUUCACUCAUUGUAAUAAACGUGAAAGUUCUUCUUGUAAAUGCUGUAUUUGAGAUUGUCUGCGAAUGUGUUUGAUGACGCCAAGUGGCUUCGAAUGAAUGUGAACGUAGUGUGCACCUGUGAAUAAAUAUAUAUAUAUUUAUUUAGCCAACCUAUUUUUUACAAAAAGUUAUGUAUUUAAGUUAUCUUUGUAUAUUUAAUGUCUGUAUGUCACCAAAGACUAUUUAUCUCAUCUUUUACUGCUCCUUAAACAUAUGGUAGGAAAGAAAGUCUUAACUGUAGUUAAAAUGUUACUGUUUGACCAUGUCCAUCUGUAAAUAAAGAACUGUACUAUAGUG